CGCUUUUUGGUAUGCCAUCUACCGCAUAAUUUUUCAACCACCUGGCAACACUGCCCAGUCUUUACUCAAAGGUCUCUAAUCUUCAAUUUUUAUAAAAACGGAUUUGAACUUUCUGGUCAAAUAUGAAAAUAUAAUAUUGGUUAGUCAAUCUCAUAUGUGUAAAAGAAUAUACUUUUAUCAUGAUUGAAGUUACAAAACAAAAUUUUAAAGAGAUAUAUCCAAUAUUGGAGGAUGUAUUGAAGAAUGCGACUUUCAUAUCAUUUGAUUUAGAAUUUUCAGGUAUAGAAACUGACAAUAUAAGAAAUAGUUUGUUUGAUUCCAUUGAGGAGCGCUAUGAUAGCAUCAGGAAUACUAUUCAACCAUAUAUAAUAGUGCAGUGUGGUAUUACUGCGUUUGAAUAUAAAUUUAGCUAUGAUGCAGUAGUCUUCAACUUCUUUUUGUUGCCUAAAUCUAUUCCAUCGAAAAAUAGACGAUUUCUUUGGAAUGUAUCUACAUUGGAAUUCCUGUCUGAAUAUGAAUUUGAUUUCAAUAAAUUUGUUCAUAAUGGUAUUUCAUACAUUGAUGAGGAGGACGAAGAAAUUUUACGGCAGCAAGUACAAGAUGACACGUUGCUUUAUAACAUAGAACAGCACAUAUCCUUUAAAGAAAAAGAUGAACUCAAAUAUUACAUCAAUCAGAUAUCAAAAUGGUUAAGCACUACUACUGAUGAAACCAGUUCGUUUAAGAUCAAUACUUCUACUCCAAGUUUCCAGUAUCUCAUGCAUAAAAAAUUGAGGAAACUUUUUCCAUGUGUUUGGACUUGCUCAGGAGAUAAAUCAAUAACUGUAAUAAAGGUUCAACCAGAUAUAAAAGAAAGUUGGGAAAAAGAAGAAGGCCCCAUGUUGGAGAAUACAUUAAUAGAAUCAUAUAUAAGCUUUUCGAAAGUGUUUAAACUCUUGGUUACUCUGAAGAAGCCUAUGGUGGGACAUAAUGCCUUACUAGAUUUAAUGUUUAUACAUCAACAGUUUUAUAAGCCUUUACCACGAAAAUAUAUUGAUUUCAAGAAUAAUAUACAUAAAUUAUUUCCAAUAAUCUAUGAUACAAAAUUUAUAAGUUUCAAUUUAUGGGAAGUUCUUGAGCCAAAAGAAAAAUGGAAACAAAAUUCAUUAGGAUGCAUAUAUACUCAUUUUGUAUCAUUAAGUAACAAAAACAAUAAUGUACACAAUUACUCACCUUAUAUUGGGAUUGUGCAUAAAACAAUACCAGAUCAAUCAGAAGCUAUUACCAAAUCUAUGAAAUGUCAUACUGCAGGCUGGGAUGCUUAUUUUACUGGUUACAUAUUUAUAAAAAUGGCAUUUACAUAUCGUUCGAUUAGUUCUUCUAAUCAAACAAUACAUGCAUACAGAGACAUAGAUCCAUAUGAUAUUAUAGUAUUAAUAAGCUAUAUUAAACGUUUCGAGAACUGCAUAAAUAUUAGUCGUAGCAAUAUAUCAUAUUUGAAACUUGACGGACCCGACCCUGUGCCAACUCGAGCGAAUUGGCUUUAUGUGAAAUCAUUAACAUCGAAGCCAAUAACCGAAACGGAGAUAUGUAAACGAUUGUCGAAAUUCGGCUCUGUUGAUGCAAGGAAAAUCACAUCGAAAUGCAUGUUAGUCGCAGUAAGAAGUCAAGAAAGCGCUCAGAAGAUAUUGUACUUUUCAAAGGAGGAUCUGGAGGAACUGUACAUAGUCCCUUACAAUGCGAUAUGUCACUCGCCCUCAAUACGACUUUUUUUUUGGAAGAGGAACUAUCGCGGAAACUAUCGCUGCUCCUUUCAUCUGCAAAUUCCUCGAUCCACUUAACUCGAUGUUUCCUUAAUAAGAACUUUAGAAGGUGUUCCUUUGUUUUCAUGCGGAUACAUAGAAUCUGCAUAUUCAUCCCAUUAAAAAUUUACUUUAAUAAUUUCCCCAUAGUGAGUCAAAGUAUUUAAAUAUCGAAAUAAAAUUAAUAAUCGUAAGUAUUUUAAUUAUCUGAACUCUCCGAUUCAGCAAUUUAGGAAAACUGAGAAGUGCCAAGAUA